AUGGCGGAGUCGGAGGCAAUCAGGGCAGAAUGCGAGCGAAUCUUCAACCGCUUCGACUGCAACGGGGACGGCAAGAUCUCGCUGUCGGAGUUGGAGAACGCUCUCCACGCACUUGGCUCCUCCUCGCCGGAGGAGGUCCGGCGGCGGAUGUCGGAGAUCGACAAGGACGGCAACGGCUUCAUUUCCCUAGAUGAACUGUGCGAGUUUCAGAGGGCUAAUCCCGAUUUGAUGAAGGAGGUCUGCAGAAGGCUUUAGCUUUCUUUCUUUCUCUCUUUCUUUAUUAUUAUUAUUAUUAUUAUUAUUAUUUCCAUUUCCAAUCAUUUGGGAAUUCUUAUCAAUUUUGUAACCAAACCAUU